AUGUUUCUAGCUGCAUUCACCACUUCUCAUUUCCAUAGUUGGCAGCUUGUUUAUAAAAUGGAACCACGGCAAGCAAAUGUGUAUACACGUCCCAGUGGAAUUGAAAUGGAUCAGUCUAGUUCGGUUCUGUUGCGUGCGAAUCAUGUUAAGCCGCCUGAAAUACCAGUUCGUGCCGGAUCUUCAAGUAUAAAGGCACCAGAAGUUCCACCGAAAAAUAUUAUCAAAAGACCAACGACAAUAGCAACAUCUAAUAGCGGUAAUGAAAGUAGUAUUGCAGAUGGGUCUGUAGGAACACUGCUUCUUGGGCCUACAUCUUCGCGAAAUUCUCAGAAAGCGAUCCAUCACGCCAAAAGUAAUUUUCCACAAUUCACAUCAGCCGGCACUACGACAAGUGCAUCAAUUGCUUCAACAUGUUCAACAAAAACUACGGAUAAAAUUGUAACCUCUGUUUCCUCCACACAUCACGAAUCAGGCAAAGUAGUCUCCAAACAAACUGAACUAGAAGACUACGGCUCAGAGGAUGCUCUUCGGGGAAUCGAGAGUGGACUUCGAAACGUUGAACGUGCCAUAAAAGAACAAAUGAUUUUAAGAUCGACGAUAGAUGGAGAGGACCCAUCGAAGAUGUCAAACGUCCUGAAAUUUGUUCGUCAUGAGGUGUUAGGGAAGCUCCCGAAUAACAUGGGAUCAGCUACAACGCUAGAGAAUUCAUUUGAAACAGUAUCGGGCCCUACCGUUUUGCAAGGGUUGAAAUACGAUCUUUUUGACCAGGGACAGAGGAAAAUCAGCUUAGAACGUGGAGCCAGCAUGGAAAAAUUGCGAUACAAUACGGGAGGCUCAGGCGACUUUAAUAGUGAAAAUAGUAUGAGCGGUCUAGAACGAGGCACGCAGCAACGUCCUUUAGAGCACCACUUUAGAUCUCUGGAUCGUCAUCUACCUGUCGAUCUUCAGUAUACCUCUACUCAACGGCAAAGAUCACAAGAAAUGGAGUUUAUCAAGCAACAGCUUCUUCCGGUUAUAGCUAGGAACAAGGAUUCCAAUAGCUUGAAUCGUAUGGGAAGUUCUAAGGAAGAUCUCAGAUCAAGGAGACGUUCUUCGCAUGACGAGAGUUUGUUUACUAGCAGCAACACAGUUAUGCGUAUAAAAGAUUCCACACAAUGGGACGAAUCGACACAAUCGGUUAUGCAAAGAAAAACACAGCUAACGGCAAUGCUAGGUGAUUCGCAAAGAUACGAAGCUAAAAGAUUAGAAAUAGAUGCUUGGCUGACAAAGAUGGAGACAAUAACAGAACGAAUGGGGCCUGUUGCAACGACGGCGGAUGUUUUAGAGAUACAACAUAAAGAACAAAAGUCAUUUCACGCUGAGUUCCAUAAAUUUAACCAUCAAAUAGAGUUGUUCAACCAAUUGACUCAAAAACUGAUUUCAGUUUAUCAAUGUGAUGACACAUCAAGAAUAAAACGAAUGACGGAAUCCAUUAAUCUAAGAUACAAUAACUUAAACACUUCGAUAAUCUCCCGAGGAAAACAACUACACGCCGCAAUGCACUCACUACAAACAUUCGAUAGAACUUUUGAACAGUUUCUAGGAUGGCUGAGUGAAGCAGAAUCAUUUUGUGAAAACGCUGAAUCGGAAGCUGAGCGGAACCCACACUGUCUACAGGAUUUACAGUCAGAUAUUGAUUCCAACCGUAAGGUGUACGAAGGACUUGAUAGUACGGGAAGAAAAUUGCUGCGUUCAUUGACUUCUCAGGAGGAUGCAGUGAUGCUGCAACGCAAACUGGAUGAAAUGAAUCAACGAUGGAAUCAUCUUAAUUCACGCAGUGCGGCUAUCAGAAAUCGUUUGGAGUCGAAUUCAGAGCACUGGAAUGCAUUAUUGCUUUCAACACGCGAAUUGACUGAGUGGGUCAUUCGGAAAAAUACAGAGCUUACAUCGAUCGGAUUUGGAUCCAUAAACGGCGAUUCCAACAGUUUGCAAAAGCAAUUAGAUGAGCACAAAGCAUUUCGCAGAAGGCUUGACGAUAAGAAGUCAAUAAUCGAAAAUAAUCUAAUAAGUGGUAGACAAUACAUAUCGAAUGAAUCACCACUCUCAGACACUAGUGACUCAGAGGCUAUUGAUGAAAUUAUGUACAUAUCUGCUGACCAGCAACAUCGCAUACUUAGUCGUAACAUUCGUCGAGAAGUAAAUAAACUGUCCGAGCAGUGGACAUUACUUAUAGAAAGGUGCGAUAAAUGGAAACAUCGGCUGGACGAAAACGUGACGAGAAUGCGUCAGUUUCAAAAAAUUCUUGAUGAUUUGAGCUCGCGAGUUGCAUCGGCAGAAACAAUAACACACUCCUGGGCAUCGCCGUUACCUGGUGCGGAUGCAACUGAAGAGGUGCAGCAUCUGCAGCGUCUAAAGGACAAGUUGGUUACCGCCAACGCAUUACUGGAUGAUUGUAAUGAGCAGCAGAAUUUCUUCUCCUCUUGUCAUGUAAUUAUGCCAAGUCCAAUCCUUGCAAAGCUGGAAGAUAUAAGUACACGCAUGAAACUUCUUCACAUUGCUGUGGAGGAAAGGUUUAAAAUGUUACAGCAAAUUAACGAGCAACACGGUGAUGGCAAUUCUUAUAACAUGGUUGCUGGCAGCAACGUUGGAGAUGAAGGAAAGUUUUCUAAAUCUCUUCACAUUGCAGCGGUUGGCUCAUGCCUACCAGAUCUAGAUAAAAGCGUUCAAAUACCCUGGGAACGGGCCGUGACACCUGCUAAUGUGCCUUACUAUAUAAACCACGAACAUGAAAGUACGCAUUGGGAUCAUCCAGAAAUGAUAGAACUAAUGAAAUCGUUGGCUGAUUUGAAUGAAGUUCGGUUUUCGGCAUAUCGCACAGCUUUAAAAUUACGUACCGUGCAAAAACGAUUAGCAUUCGAUCAUCUUAACAUGGGAAUGGCAAUUGACAUUUUCGACCGAUAUGGUCUACGUGCACAAAAUGAUAAACUGAUUGAUAUUCCCGACAUGAUCACUAUUCUCAACUCGCUAUAUACUGCGUUAGAAUCAGUAGACCGGGUGGUAAUGCUCGAUUUAGCUAUCAAUUGGAUGUUAAAUGUGUAUGAUUCACAACGUACAGGACAAAUUCGUGUCCUAAGUUUCAAGGUGGGACUUAUUCUUCUGUGUCGUGGACAUUUGGAGGAAAAAUAUCGCUAUCUAUUUCGAUUGAUUGCUGACUUGGAGAAAAAAGUAGACCAACGAAAAAUGGGACUGUUGUUGCACGAUUGCAUUCAGGUACCACGUCAAUUGGGUGAAGUAGCGGCAUUCGGAGGUUCUAACAUCGAACCAUCGGUACGUUCGUGCUUUGAGCUGGCGGGCAACGUGAGCCUUAACGCAGAAGUAUCUGAAGCAGCCAUAGAAGCUCAGCAUUUUCUAAGCUGGCUGCAACAUGAACCACAGAGUUUAGUGUGGCUUCCAGUAUUACAUCGCUUAGUGGCAGCAGAAUCGGCAAAGCAUCAGGCGAAGUGUAACAUUUGCAAGGAGUAUCCAAUUGAAGGUUUUCGCUAUCGCUGCUUAAAAUGUUUCAAUUUUGAUAUGUGCCAAAAAUGUUUUUUCACUGGAAAAAGCACCAAGAAUCACAAAUUAAGCCAUCCCAUGCACGAGUACUGUACAACGGCCACUUCUACCGAGGAUGUUCGGGAUUUCACUAGAGCAUUAAGGAACAAGUUUAAAAGCAGAAAAUACUUCAAAAAACAUCCUCGCGUUGGUUACCUUCCCGUGCAAAGCGUUCUUGAAGGAGAUGCACUUGAGAGUCCUAUACCAAGUCCUCAGCAUGGUUCGCAUACACUGCAAAACGAUAUGCAUUCACGUUUGGAAAUGUAUGCUUCACGUUUGGCACAAGUUGAAGGAGGUACCAGAACCAAUUCAACUCCCGACAGUGACGAUGAACAUCAUCUUAUUGCACAAUACUGUCAGUCACUUCCUCCGUCUUCGUCAACAAAAACAAGAAGUGCUGAUAAUGGUAGCGGCGCACCGAAAUCACCAGUUCAAGUAAUGGCAGCUAUGGAAGCUGAACAACGGGAAGAACUGGAAACGAUGAUAAAAGAGCUUGAGGAGGAAAAUUCCAAUUUGCAAGCAGAAUAUGAAAAACUAAAGGCAAAGAAAUUGUCCACACCUAUAACCACUCCAGACGAAGGUUACAAAACACCGACCUCAGUAACAUCUACGGCAGCCUCGCUUUCGUCGACAGGUGGUUCGGAUAUGGUAACCGAGGCCAAACUUUUACGCCAGCACAAAGGUCGGCUAGAGGCAAGAAUGCAGAUUUUAGAAGAUCAUAAUAAACAAUUGGAGGCUCAAUUGCAACGCCUUCGUCAACUUUUGCAUGAACCGUCGCAGCCCAAACCACAAACUUUACAAACACGUUCAGUGACAGCUUCACAAUUGAACACGGAUUCUCCGGCGAAAAUUCAUCUCAAUGGACAAUAUGAUCAAAACCAAUCAAAUGUAGGACCAAAUUAUAAUUCUGUGUAUAAGGCACCAGGAGGAGGAAUGAAUGGUUGUACGUCUACGCCCGGCGACGGAAACCUGCAACGGGAAUCGUUCAAUAACGAUAACUACGAUAAGCAAUCGGAAGCUGGGCAACCAUGCACUUUGCUAGGAUCUGCUACAUUUGGCAAUGCUAAUAAAUUAAUGACGUUAUCGGGAGGAACUGGCAGGAAUACAGAAUAUGGUAUGGAUGACCGUCCUCCACCUCCAGCUCAUAAUAGUUUACUGCACAUGGCUGGAAGGAUGCAGUAGUUAUAUUUGUAACCUUAAUUGAUACAAAUCUGCCAUAUUUUCUAUAUUUUGUAACCCUCAAAUGAUUUAAAACGAAUAAUCGAUGACAACACUAAUAUGGACAAAUUUGGAGAGCGCGAGAUCUUAUCAUUGAGAGUAAGCCUAUACCUUUGUGGAAGCUAUUGAUACAUUUUUAAAUCCUUCUUUUGAAAAGCCUGCUGAUAUGCAUACUUUACUAACCUUUACUUUCCGGUUGAUUGCAUGGAAAUAUUAUUUGCCCAAUAUAUUGGCGGAGUUUGGGCAAUAUUAUGCAGAUUGUACAAUACAUGAUACAUGAGGUCAUAUUCCAAUAUGAUGUGAAUAUUUUUUAGCAACGGCAAAAACCGCCCUUUUUUGGCACAUUAUUCAGUCUGAAACCGCCGAUAUGUCAGGAUGGCCAGAAACUAUCUUAUAUGGGAAGCGAAAGAAAUCAAUUUAAACUUGGUUCUAACAUUGAUGAAAUUCUAUGUUAAGUCUAUGUACUUUCUAUGAAACUCUGAUAAAAGGUACAUAGAAAAUUUAUAAUUUAUUUUAUUUAGGAGAUGAUUUUAUGAAGAAAAUAUUUCAUUGGCGAACAAUUUUGCAAAAAUUCCGCCACCAAUUAAAUAAAUCCUUUGAGAUUAGCACCGGUUCUGUUUGCAAAGUAUGAUUGUAAAAUUUUUACAAUUAAUUACGAAGUAUACCGGGUGCGCCAUCUAGACAUGAUCAUUUGUUGAAUAACUUCAGCCGAAUUUGAAAAAUGAACCAGAUUUAUUUAGCUUAUACAAUGCCAUUUUCUGACAAUUCACUCAAAAUACAACAUCGGUCAAAUGACAAUUUUUCAUUGUAUUUGACGACAUUUCGGGUCCGAUAUUAGCUUCUAGUUCUUCAAUAGCCCUUGGUUUGCUGACAUACAGUCCACUGUUCAAAUAAGCCUACAGAAAAAAGUCCAGCGAUAUCAAAUCCCGCGAACGAAGAGGCCUCGCUUAAGCAUGCACAGUAUUCAUAGUUGAAGGAUUAUUUUGAAUGUACUGCAAUACAAUUAUCCCGCUUUUUAAGUGAAUAGAUUCAUAGCAUAAAAUAGAAUGUCAUGACUGACGUUACAGAAUUUGGCCGAAUUGUCCAAUUCGAAUAAAAAAUUACUAAAAAUUCAACAUUCUAAUAAGUCCUGCCAAGAUAGCGCACCCUAUAUUUCCCGAUCUGCCAGUAUUGUCUACAAGUACUUAAUGUGAUUGCACAAGCUUGAGCACUUUGUGCAAAAUGUUGCAAUAUAUUACAAGGCGGAAUAAUAUUUUUCGCCUGAAACUGAAUUUAAGAAAAAUUGACUAUAUCCGAAUUAAGUACUACUUUCAAACUAAGGUGCAGUACGAUAAAAUUGUUGUAUUGGCCCGGUCUGUGUAAUUUUAUAAACUUGUGGCACAUAAAUAAUUCACUUGUUUUUCACUUGAUUAUAAUUUUUCCAGAUGAUCUUAAUAAAGCAGUAGAGGAACUAGUUCAUAUCAUGACAUCGGAAUCCAAGAAUGACCAGUAAAGCCAUAGCACAAAAUAUACAAGCGUUUUAGAUGUGGGUGACGAUAUCAAAGAAAUUUUGUGAAUGUUUCCAUUACACGCUAGCUACUAGUAGUAGUGCUUACAAUACAUUGAUAUUAUGAAAUGAUAUGUAUCCGUUACAUACAUUUGCAACGAAAUAGUAUCAAAUCAUGAUUAAAUAGCAUUAUUAAUGAACAGAAACACAACAAAUCACUAACAACAUGAUAUAUAAACAGCCUACAUUAAAAAUAUCGUUGCCGUUACAAUAAGAAGCUAGCGCCAUAUGCUGACAUAUCUACAAUUAUAAAAUAUCGUACAAUACAUAUAGCGGAACCUAAUCAUAUCAACAUUUUAUCCGAAUUAAUUGUGUAAUCUGCUUACACUUAUACGUACCGCGAAAUAAUGCAAAUUAAUAAAAAAAUAAAUCCGUUGUUAUCAGUUUUUUUUCUAUAUAAUUGUCAGUAGAUUGUGGUUUUCAAUCUGUUCCUGUAUCAUAUUGUUCUUUAUUCCUUGUAAUUGAUAUAUGCAUAAAUACAUAAAGGGUGUCGCAGAAUA